AUGUUAAGAUCAAGGUCAAAUUUCAUAAACGACAUUUAUCUUCUGCAUAAACCUUUGAUAUUUGGAGGAACUCUUCGAUCAUGGCUCAAUGUCUUAGGCAUUACUAAAAAGAGGCUCCGCUGCAGGAAUCAGGCCAAAGGAAAUGAGAGGUUCUGCCACUUGCACACUUGGCAAUCACAAGACUGCAAAGUCGCAAAACUCUCCCCAACAACGCCAAAGCUGCCAGGUUUUAUAUACAUCUAUACCUAUACGCAGCUGUUCGAGUCGAUCGUUCGUAGGAACCAGAAACAGCUCAAUUGGCUGCAUAUGGAUUACUCCAUCUUGCGGGAGAACAAGUCAUUACCGCUGUCGCAGUGGACCGCCCAAGAUCACAUUCUGUUAAAAGUAGGAAUGACGCGAAAGCGCACAGUUCUGGCUAGAUUAUUGGAGUGGGAAAGCUCUUGUAAGCAUCCGAUUACUGGCCUAGAUCCAGCCAAAGUCAAAGAACUGUGCCGAUCUCAGUCGGCGGGUCCAGCAAAGCGGGAUUCCUCGUUGGCACGACUUUUCCAAAAGCUCUCGAUUUCGAGAAAGGCAAAGCCUAUCGCCACAACUGAUGUUAGGAACGCUAUGCCAUUCCAUGGGUUUCGUGACGGCGGAUUCUAUGUUGCCAACGGUCGGUCAUUAGAAGACAUAGAAUCUGGAAUCCAUCGAUACUUGUGGAAAAGAUUUGGACAAGGUUUGAUAUACUGCCAUGGAUGCAAAAACGAGCAAGGGGAGCCUAAACGACAUAAAGAAUGGUUUUUGGUACCGAUUGCGCAAGUUCCCGACGUUUUCAAAAUUAUAAGCGCCAUUUGUAAUGAUAAUUGA